AUGGAGAAGAAGUUAAGGAUAAAGAAGAAAGUAUGGAUGGGGAAGAAGUUUGGGAUGGAGAAGAAGUUUGGAAUGGAGAAGAAUCUACUAAUUAAGGAAGCAGAAGAAGUUAAGGAGGAUGGAGAAGAAGUUAGGGAAGGAGAAAAAGUGAAGAAUGAAGAACAAGUUAGGGAAGGAGAAGAAGUUAAGGAUGGAGAACAAGUUAGGGAAGGAGAAGAAGAAGUUAAGGAAGGAGAAGUAGUUUGGGAUGGGGAAGAAGUGAAGGAAGGAGAAGAAGUUAAGGAAGAAGAAGAAGAAGAAGUUUUGGAUGGAGAAGAAGUUAAGGGUAAAGAAGAAAGUAUGGAUGGGGAAGAAGUUUGGGAUGGAGAAGAAGUUAAGGAUGGAGAAGAAGUUUGGGAUGGAGGAGAAGUUUGGAAUGGAGGAGAAGAACCGAAGUAUGGAGAAGAAGUUAAGGAAGAAGAAGUUUAG